AUGGAGAAGCUUGUUUGUUCUCGAUGUGAUCGCGAGAUACCCCUCACCGAGAAAGCCGAGCAUGACGACUGGCACCUUGCGAAGGAUUUGGACCACAGCAACAACCCAGACGCGGAAACAGCUCCCCCCGCAUACGACUCACCCGCAAAGUUGGAUGAUCAGUACAAUGGAUUCUCUACGGAGAGAAGGCCAUCGGGACCAGCCCCAACUGACAGUCACCAGAAGAUGGUGACGAAGGUACCGAAUGCGACAAAACACAAGCACCAUAUCAACAAGGUCGAUGAAGCUGCAAACUUGCGGGCGAAAGAUGAGCAAGCAAUGCAACAGGCUCUCCAGAAUCUCCAAUACCGGUAUCGCAUAUACAACAGCGAGAUUGAACCUGAGCACGAAACCGACAAUCCAUGCGGCUGUCCGAUCCAUGAAUACCAGCGCAAGAAACGCAGUCGCAAGCACGUCCUCACCCAAUGGUCCGAAGCAGUAAUGUACCCCGGCGAAAAGGUUUAUCACGACUUGCAAUACCAGACCACCAUCUUCACUGGCAACCCGUAUUUGCUUCGCGUCAUUUCGCCUUAUGGUUAUGGUGGCACUGCAUGGUCACGAUCGCAUCCUCGUCCUGGCUUUCAUGUGAAGUACAUUCACCAGACUAUUGCGCUUAACAAUUCUCUCAACCAUGACGCGCAGGCGAAAGUCGAUGCGAUGGAGCCGAAACAUAGCAUUUGGGACGACAAAGCACUGGACACUGCAAUGUCGCAGUUGACGCUAGCUUCUGAAAGUGAGAAGCUGUCGAGUGGACCCGACAAGAAAGCUUAUCCGGACGAGAAAACAGAUGAACCUGAGUCCUCUGUACAGAGACCUGAGCCCUCAAAACGCGCCAGCUCAUCGAGAUUUUCCGCCUUCAGGAAAGCUGUGGGCAUCAAGUCUUCCGAUGAGAGAGCGAUCGCAAAGACGGAGAAAAGUGUGAACCAAGGACUAGUGCUGAGGAGCGACAUCUUGGCUGAGGAAGCCGCUCGCUGGCCAGACGAGGUGACUCGAUACAUCGUGGCAGUCUACCAGGACAAAGUCGGUAUGGAGAGAAAGAUUGCACAUCUCCGUGCCCAUCAACCUCUGCAAUAUCUUCAUCUCCUGCGUGCGGGAUACUUCGAGCCCAUUCCUGUCGCUUGGGCUGAUCAAGCAUCAAACAUCCUGACAUUCAGCAUUGAAGCAGCUGGUGGCUGGCGAGGUAUCACGCCUGCGUGGCGAGGAUACGAGGACACUGCAGAGGAACGUCUGUACUGGGUUCUGAACCAUAGAGAGGGACCGGCUGGUGUGCGCAUGAAGCCUGACUUCAUUUCCGAGAUGAACAUGGCUCGUGAUCGAAUGGCAAAAGCUGUCGAGCCACCACCAGGCUACUAUGCUGCUGAUGAUACCUGCCACAUUCAGCAUACGUCUAAAGGCUAUUCGAAGCAAGUGAUGCCACCUCCAUUCAGAUCGAGCGAUCGUGCAGAAGUGCCCACCGAUGACACAAUGAUCCUACUCGAUGUUUCUGGUUCCAUGGACUUUGAUCCUGCACGACCCAACUACGAUCAAUAUCUCAUCACUGGCUUCUCGCCAUCUACACAGCCCAAGAAUAAAGAUGUCGCGAAAGCAAUCAUUCGCCGUUUCAUUGACGCGAUGGCUAACCAUGAUCGUGCGUUUGACGGCUACGAUCUAGUCACGUUCUCGAGUCAUGCAAAAGUCAUCGGCACAGUCAGUCACAAAAACCUGGAUGCGACGUGGAAUAAGGUCGCUAUUGGUGGAGGAACCCGUGUCAUGACCGGCUGGCAAAAGGUCAAACAGCGCCACUUCGAGAAGCACAGCGAAUCUGCAACAUAUCAUCCAGUGUAUGGAUGGCAAGCGGGACCUCAGACACCAAUGUUGCGCCUUCUUCUCUUGCUGGACGGUGAGGCAACCGACAUGGAUGAGUUCGAACUGGAGCUUCUAGGUCUCUCUUGGGCGCAUGUCACCAUCUUUCUGAUUGGCGUUGACGGCUGUCCUCACCAUCAUCGCCAUGCGAAUGAGCUGCAGCGAAUCAGCGAUGUCAAUCACCAUGUCUCGUUUGUGGACGCGCAAGGAAAUACCCCGGAGCGCUUUGUCACGCAUGAAUUGCUGAAGCGACAUCUGGGAUACGAGAUCUCGAUGCAAGAGUUUUGUGAGUUGGAGGAGCUGCCGGCGUACGAGGCAUAG